GCUCUGUUCACAGUCUCACUCCAAUCCAUAUCGACUCUUUCGGAGUCUUCGUGCUUCAGACAACAAACCCCCGAUUCUGAUCUUCGACAUCGUGUGCUAUGAUGGCGCGACGCGAAGAGAAAUAAAAACUAGAUAUCAUAAUGUGAUGAAUUGCUUGUACCCGUCGAUGAGCUGAUUCUGCACGUCAAGCAGUAUUGUUUGUUUCUUUUCUAUCUUUUAUUGUGGAUCUCAUAUCCAUCACGGGCGUAACGCAUUCGUGGUCUACGGACCUCGUCUGCGGGUUCAGCAGCCGGGAGUCUAUUCUACAUCUUGUUGAUGAAUGGCUGCUGGACAAAGGCAAUGCCCCAGAAUGACAGAUCUCGGACCCGACGAGCAUGAGCUGCCUCGCAGCUGUAGCACGUUGGUGACCGGGAAAUGGUGAGCCUCUUUGGCGUUUUUACCCUGCUGCUGCACCCUCUUUGUUCCUGUUUCUUGAAACAGUUGAGCAUUGAUGGGCGCACGGCAUUCAAUGGGAUUGACGUUCCGUUUCAGUUCAUACACAUCCCUGCAGGAUUCUCCCCACACUAUGUUGUUCGUUAUUGCGCACUUUUCCUAUUCUGUUAUUACUUCGGCGGAUCGUCUUCCCAAUAGAGGAGAUCGCAGUCAGACAUGAGGCUGAUGUUUCGCAUAUGAGUUUGCUCUUGCUGUGGUUGGAGGACAUAGCGGACCGUACAGCCGCUCACAACCAGUACAGACCGAACCCCACCUCGCGAU